UGAAAGUGACUGAAUUGUGUGGAACUCGUCUCGUGGAAAAGAAGUAUCCCAGUCAACAGCCGGCCUCCUUCAGAAGACCAUCAUGAUAUUGAAAGCCCUAAGCCUAAUUUUGGCGCUUGGAAUGGGAGCGAGUGGACAUUUCUUGCCUUCUUUGCUACCAUCCCCUCAUCGAGGACAGAGCCAAGGGCACUUUUGGUCUGAACAUGAAAAGAAUGAUGAAAGCAACAGCUACUUGUAUCAAUCUCCAGGAUACCAGCAAUAUUCUGACUAUGCAGAUUUCUACCAUCAACAAGUCCCUGCCCAUGCGCCGUUGUCCAACCCUCAACUUCUUCAGGAACCGCAAGUAGUUUAUCAGCAAGAAACGCCGUAUCAGCAGUUGGUUCAACAGCAAGUGUUACUGCCCGACGUUUCGUACCAGCAGCAUCUUCUUCCUUAUCAAUACCUGACAAGAAAUCAGGAACCCUCUACGCCUCUAACUGCCCAGACGACGAUCCCCCUCGUAGUAAAAUUCCCAAAUAACGAAGCCCUCGUCGUACCGGUAAAGGCGGUGUACACGCUACCGCCAUUUUUAGAACGCAUAGUACAGAGGGUUCAAGGGUACUACUCUGUAUACAAUCCGGUUGAGAAUUUGACAGCGGACCGCCCGCUUUUCCACCCGUCGACCCCGUCAACGGCAUCGGGCGUUCCUGAAACAACCACCGGCUCGCCUGUAAAAUCGAAGGCGUCGACGACAGAAUCACCGGAAGCGUCUACGAACGCCAACGGAGAAAACACGACGACAUCGACGAACGAAAAUUCUUCGGACAAAGAAGACGACAAGGAUAGCGAAAACUCGACGCAAGAAGGAUCGACGAUAAGCGAAAUGGUAACGACUACCGAAGCUGCAGAAGUUUCGACAGAUUCUACUCAGACAGAUCUUCAGAACGAAGGCUACACGUACAACAAGCCUGGUAGAUCUUUUUUCCAUUAAAAAACAAAACAAACAACGAUUUCUUCUUCGCUUCCAUUCCGAGGCACAAAAAUCAUUGGCAACGCCGUGAGUCAUGUAGCGUAGGCACUAGGUAAACGACCCGUAUAUUCUUUUCCCCAGUCGGUUGUCGCCUUUCUGUUCCCUUCCUUUGUUUUUUUAUUAUUUUUAUUUUAACUGUAUUUUGUACAUUUAAGGCAAUGUUUUUUAAUAAUGUUUCAAAAAAUUUAACAUUCCAUGUUUAGAUCUAAUUAACGACUUACAAAUUGGACUGGAGAAUAAACUUUAAUUUAUUUUUAAGAAGCA